AUGGCACCCAUUGAAGCAUUAUACGGACGACCUUGUAGAUCGCCAAUUUGUUGGACGGAAGUGGGUGACGCAAAUCUGGUGGGACCCAAACUUGUCCUAGAAACUACUGAGAAGGUCAAAUUGAUCCGACAACGGUUGAAGACUGCCCAGGACCGUCAGAAGAAUUAUGCAGACAGGAGGAGGAGACCGUUGAUGUUUGAAGUAGGCAACCACGUGUUCCUAAAGGUGCAACCCAGGCGUGGAGUCGUACGUUUUGGGAGAAAGGGGAAGCUGUCACGUCCUUUCGAGGUAUUGGAAGGAGUGGGCGAAGUAGCAUAUAGACUUGCUCUACCCUCGCAGUUAGCAGGGAUACACAGCGUCUUCCAUGUAUCUAUGCUGAGAAAAUACAUCGCUGACCCGUCACACGUCCUCAAAUGGGAAGAUAUCAGCCUUGACAAGGAUGUUACAUUUAAAGAAGGACCGGUAGCAAUACAGGACAGUCGAGAGAAGAACCUCAGAGGCAAGACGGUUCACUUGGUGAAAGUGCUAUGGCGUCACUGGGGAAUUGAGGAAUCUACUUGGGAGCGCCAGGAUUGGGUGAAGGCAAAUUACCCCGAGCUUUUCGAAGGGUCUCCACAAGAAGACUCUCCUAAGAGGGCUGAAAUUCUGACUACUCUCAAGGACAAACAAAAGCAGAAAAAGAAAAGAAAACUGAUACUCACUCCUGAGGAAUCCGAAUCCCAAAUUGAAGAGGGAGAGAUUGAGAAAGAGCAGGAAGUAUCAUUACAGAGACAAAAGAGGAAACAUAUGACUGUCGCUCCUUCUGAUUCAAUUGAAGAUCCUACUCAUGAGACAACUGCCAGAGUAGUAGAAAAGGCACUUACUUCUGAUUAA